AUGCAAAGUUGGUGCCUGUCCUCUUACUGAGGUCAAUUACUGAGUAUUAAUCAGAAAUAUUGCAUCAUGAAACAGAAGUUAUGGAAAAUGGUAUUUAUUUAAAGAGAUCAACUCCAUGUGCUACGAAGUCAGUCCCUGCAUCUGUCCCUCACCCCACAUUGGCUUUGUCCUAGUGCGUAUCCCUUCAUUUGGGAUUUGGCAUGUGGAGAGAAAGUAGAGGAAUGAAAGCAGUAAAAAAGAAUGCAGAGUAGCUUCACAAAGAAACUGCUGCAAGAGGAAUUGGACUGCAGCACCUAAAACUGCCAAGUUAUUCUGCAGCUUCAGGGCCGGGGGAGGUGGGAGGAGGGAAUGGCAGAGGAGGAAUGAAGGCUGCAUGUGAAAUUCUGUUUCUGUAGAUUUUUAUCUCUAUGGUUAGGUCUUGAAUAACAGAUCUCCUGCCCUUUUGACUCAUUCUCAAGAGGAUCUGACUUUUACCAAGGUGAUGGGGUGUCUGUAGCCAGUGGUCAUCCUUCGCUUGAGCAGAAAUGUGCAUCUUUAUCAGUCUGGGAUCGUGGUUAUUACACUAUAUACAUACAAACUGCUCCCCUACUGGGGCCAGAGAUAAGGAAAAAAAUAACCCUAUAUAAUGAUAAAAGGGAGCUAUAAAUCCUUCAUGUGCUAUAGGGAAAAAAUUACUUUUACUGGCAUUUUUUUCCCACCUGAAAUUAGGUUUGUAUCUCUGUGACAGCUUUAUUUCCGCUGCAGGGGGAUUAUUAUUAUUUAUUGGUUACUGUCUGUCUUAGUUCUUUGAGGGACAAUGUCUCAUUUUCCCAGUUAUGUGUGUAUUUGUUAAAGCAGCGCCAAUUGUGAGUUUGGCUGAGGUUAUGCUACAGUAACCUAGACGCAGGAUCUGUAUUGAUAAAGCUCCCAAUGAACCAAAACUAUUCAGCCACACGUUAGGCACUCUUCAUUGAGCAAGGCUGGCACCUGAGACAAGGGCUGGUGGUGGCAGUAGUGGGGAUGGAGUCUGGAGACAAACGGACCACCAGUGCUGCCUGUUGUCUAAUGGGAAGCUGCAUGGCAAAAAGAUAUCUUUCUCUACUCCAAUCCUAACAACCUUGAUUUGUGAGAAGAUUCUCAGCUUGUAUUAGAGACAGGAGACAGGUUAUUGCAGGCAUAUUACCUCUUGUAUCUCUACAGGACUGAAACGUGAUUGAAGCCCAAAGUGACCAAGAUAGAAGGCAGCAGGCAGUGGAGAUUUAUUUUUUUUAAUUAUUUUUAUUUUAAAUUCAGACACUUUGAAUGAGAGCUAUAAACAACAACCCUCCCAGCAGCCCUUCUCCUACACUAGGAGAAAUCCCAUAGAAGCAGUAACAGAACCAAAACAAAGUGAGUGUAUCACAAACAGCUCAUUGAUGCCUACAUCUAUAUCAAUAGCUUUGUCUGGUUCCCUUCAAUUCUUCCUUCUUAGACAGCUAUUGCUGUGGUCAGCAGGGUGGUCACAGCUUCCUUGUGUCCUCUUGCUGGUUUCCAUUAUUUAUCUCUGCUUGUUUAAUAUGCCUUUUUUCUCCUCUUCUGGAGGGAAUGGCGGGGGUGGGGGGUUGGAAGGAAAGUGGCAAGGAACAAAGUUGUUCUUGAAUUGGGAAAGAAAGUUCAUAAGUUUCUUCAAAAUAUUUUGGUUUUCAGCUGCCAAUAUGGAGAAGUGGCAGCAUGGCACUCCACCCCCACCCCUUUCCACAACCUUCCACUGAGUGCUGGGGACAAGAACAGAGAAUCUUGUGGUGCUGACUUGUGAUUCAGGAGAUCUGGGAUGAAUUCCUAGCUCAGAUGUAGAGUCCACAUGUGGCCUCAGGCAAGUCACUCAAUUUCUCUGUGCCAGUUUCCCACAUGAGAAAUAUGCCAUGCUUUUCCCAGAUGCUCAGCGGUUUAAGAGAUGGUCAUCCUCUGCCCCCAUGAGCCCAGUGCUGCAGAACUCGCUGGAUGAUGUGAACAUGCUUUUUGAGUUUCUUUUAGCUGAGCUUGAAAUUGACAGAAAUCUGAGGCUCUCCAUAAAAGACGAGGAGCUGGCUUCGCUGAGGAAAGCCAAAGAAUUUGACACUGUCUGCAAUGACAUUAUCCCGAAGAGCAUCACAGAGAUUCGUCGGCUGAGUGCCAGGCUGUCUGACUACCCGAGGGUCCUAAAGAAAGAAGAUUUUGAAAGGACAGUUUUGACCAUGGUCUACACAGCUUACAGGGCAGCUCGAUCUCGGAAGCACCAGAAGGACUCUUGGGCCGAAUCCUUCAUCAGUCUCUACAAGGCCCUGAAGCAUGACUUGAUGUUCUCAUGCAGCAAAAAGCCAUUGCACUGAAGAAAUUUAUACCCCAAGAUUGCAACAAGCUCUGAUGAGAAGGGGACACAUAGCACGUCCACCACUUUAUUCUGUAAACAAUUUAAGUCUAUGCGUAGUUAAAGAUUCUUUAUUCUCUAGCUCCCCCUAGUGGGAUCCUGUUAUAGAAACAUGUUAAACAGGAAAAACAUCUUGUGGCGUCAGUCCCUGGCAUCCAUUCUCGUGUGGGCAAAGAAGAAUGUUUUAUUACUGAGGUAGAAGGGAAUAUUUAUAUUAUAUAUACAUAUUUAAAGGUAUUCCCAAAGGAUGAAGGAAGGGCACGUUCAUCUGGCAAGUUUGAGGGGAAGUUUUAGAAACCCGUUUCCUGUUUUGGAAAGUAGUAGAUGUUUUGAAAUUGCAUUAAACAAAUCCCUGGUGUAAUAUCAACAAAGUUAAUGGCUUUAUGUCUGGGAUGAUUUGGGCUUGAUCUAUCUUGGGGAUGAAGGGGAGUGUGCUCUGGUAACUAGUCUGCAAAGCAAGCUCAGAAGGAGAAUGUGCUGGGGAAUGCUACCUUCCUGGCUGGAAAUGGGGUGUAAAAAAAGAGAGAGAGAGGCCCACUAUAAAAUGAAGAAGAGUCAUGGCAAUUAGAGCUUGGAGGCUCUGGCAAGAGUAAAAUCAUCAAUAUUCUUGUAAAUCAAACUGGUUGACUUGCUUCCCAGCUAUUGGCAAACUAUUUUAAUCUCUUCUUCACAUACAUUGGGUUGAGCCAGUUUUUAUUCACAAGACUGUUUGUUUGUUGAAGGACACAUAGUUAUCUGUGUGUGCAUUCUCCCCAGAAGAGCUCUCACAGCCAGUCUAUAAAGGUCCUUCCGUUAUUUGCACGUCUCUGAGCCUGCAACUAUCUGUCCAUGUGGAGUCAACUGCAGGAUCAGAGCCUAAAUUAAUUUAACAAUUACACAUUUUUCAGCUUGUCCCUAUAACUCAAAGUCACCGAAUUAGUCUCCCGGUUCAGAACAUCUCUGAACUUUGUGAAGGGUGUAAAAAAUCAAGACUUUUAUGGAUAAUUCAUGGAUAGAGGAAAGGUAUUCAUCAGAGAAAUUAUUUGCAAUGAACAGUUCAACCUGUUCUAGUGACAAUCAGGGCCGAUGCAAGACAGUUUCGUGCCCUAGGCGAAACUUCCAUCUUGCACCCCCUCACAGCUAGCCCUGCCCCCGCCCCACAG